GUGAAUAGUGAAGAAGUUGUGUUGAUAUUUCGUAAAAUCGUAAAUUGCUUAUUGCAAUUUUGCAUUUAAAUGACUUCUGGAAAGGAUACGAUGGGUGAACAACCUAUCUUCACAUGCAAAGCCCAUGUGUUCCACAUUGAUCCAAAAACCAAGAGAUCAUGGAUGCCAGCUUCAACUUCUGCUGUUAGUGUUUCUUUUUUUUAUGAUUCCUCUAGAAGCUUAUACAGAAUAAUAAGUGUUGAAGGCCAAAAAGCAGUGAUAAACAGUACUGUUACCCCUAACAUGACAUUCACUAAGACUUCCCAAAAAUUUGGUCAGUGGUCUGAUGUUAGGGCAAAUACUGUAUAUGGGUUGGGGUUUUCUUCUGAAGCUGAACUUCAAAAGUUCAUUGAUAAAUUCAAUGAAGUUAAAGAAGCAACAAGAUCUGCAAUAAGCAAAGUAACUGCCAAUGGUGGGGCUGCUGUCACACCUGUCACUAGCGCAAAUGCAAGUCCUAUUACUGCCAGAGCUGCUGCAGCAGCACCAGAUUCUUCUUCAGACAACUUGUUGGAGCCACCUGGCAACCCAUCAAUGCCUGUGACUCCAAAUGCAAAAUCUGAAGAAGAAUUGCCACAUCCUCGCAGUCAUUCAAUUUCUGGUAUGCAAUCCAAUGAGAGCCCUAGCCAUCAGGGGAAGAUGGAAAAAUCAUCCUAUAUGACAUCCAAUGCAAACCCUAUUGAUAUGCAAUUGAAAUAUGAAAAUGAUAGACUGAAACUGGCUCUGGCUCAAAGUUCUGCCAACGCAAAGAAAUGGGAAAUAGAAUUGGCAACAUUGAAAAGCAACAACGCCAGAUUAACAAGCGCACUUCAAGAAAGCACAGCGAAUGUGGACGAAUGGAAGAGACAAUUAGCUAGCCUAAAAGAAGAAAAUAUGAGGAUGAAGGUGAAAUAUCAGUCCGAUUUAGAAAAUAGUAAAGGUGGAGGAGAAUUGGCCGACGAUUUAAGGAGAGAAAUUCAAGCGCUGAGAAUUCGAGUAGAGCAACAAGAGUCUGAACUAGAUAGCAAGAAUAGCGAAAUCAUAACUCUGUCGUUACAGAAAGACAACCAGGAAUUGCAGAGCACCCUGAAACUGGCGCAAUCUGAGCUCGAGAUCGCCCUCAGCGCGCACGAGUCCCAACGCCAGAUCUUGUCCACGCUGAACCAGCAGCUGGCCGCGAGAAUCCAAGACCUGGUGACGAUCCACGACGAGGUCAACACCGCGCUGCACACGUGAGAGAGAUAGCGAUGCGUCGGUGAGCGUAUCCACAUAGCUUACGUCUAGGUUGUAUCUCUCUCUUUCUAUGCGCACUUGAGAGAUAGAG